CCCGCGCGCGGGAUGGGAGCGCCGGGGCCCCGCGCGCGCUCCGCCGGCGAGCGCGGGGAGGUCGGGGCGCCCCCAGCACUCUGAGGACAGGUCUGGAGGCAGGUGCAAGCAGGCGGGUAGGCUGGCUAUGGUGACGGGAAGAUGCUGGCUCGAAAAAGCAUCAUCCCGGAGGAGUACGUGCUGGCGCGCAUCGCCGCCGAGAACCUGCGCAAGCCGCGCAUCCGCGACCGCCUCCCGAAAGCGCGCUUCAUCGCCAAGAGCGGCGCCUGCAACCUGGCGCACAAGAACAUCCGCGAGCAGGGCCGCUUCCUGCAGGACAUCUUCACCACCUUGGUGGACCUGAAAUGGCGCCACACGCUGGUCAUCUUCACCAUGUCCUUCCUCUGCAGCUGGCUGCUCUUCGCGAUCAUGUGGUGGUUGGUGGCCUUUGCCCACGGGGACAUCUACGCUUACAUGGAGAAAAGUGGCUUGGAGAAAAGUGCCCUGGAGUCCACUGUGUGUGUGACUAAUGUCAGGUCUUUCACCUCUGCUUUUCUCUUCUCCAUUGAGGUUCAAGUGACCAUUGGAUUUGGAGGGAGGAUGAUGACAGAGGAGUGCCCUCUGGCCAUCACGGUGCUGAUUCUCCAGAACAUUGUGGGUCUGAUCAUCAAUGCGGUCAUGUUAGGCUGUAUUUUCAUGAAAACAGCUCAGGCUCACAGAAGGGCAGAGACUUUGAUUUUCAGCCGCCAUGCAGUCAUUGCUGUCCGAAACGGCAAGCUGUGCUUCAUGUUCCGAGUGGGCGACCUGAGGAAAAGCAUGAUCAUCAGUGCCUCUGUGCGCAUCCAGGUGGUCAAGAAGACAACCACCCCUGAAGGGGAGGUGGUGCCUAUUCACCAGCUGGACAUUCCUGUCGACAAUCCAAUCGAGAGUAAUAACAUUUUCCUGGUGGCCCCUCUGAUCAUCAGCCAUGUGAUUGACAAGCGCAGCCCCCUGUAUGAUAUCUCAGCCACUGACCUCGACAGCCAAGAUCUGGAGGUCAUAGUUAUUCUAGAAGGUGUGGUCGAAACUACAGGCAUUACCACACAAGCACGAACCUCCUACAUUGCAGAGGAGAUUCAGUGGGGCCAUCGCUUUGUGUCUAUUGUGACCGAGGAGGAAGGUGUAUAUUCAGUGGAUUACUCCAAAUUUGGCAACACUGUUAAGGUGGCUGCUCCACGGUGCAGUGCCCGGGAGUUGGAUGAGAAGCCUUCCAUCCUCAUUCAGACCCUCCAAAAGAGUGAGCUGUCCCACCAGAAUUCUCUGAGGAAGCGCAAUUCCAUGAGGAGGAACAAUUCCAUGAGGAGGAACAACUCUAUCCGAAGGAACAACUCUUCCCUCAUGGUGCCAAAGGUGCAGUUUAUGACUCUGGAAGGAAAUCAGAACACAUUGGAAUCAUGACAUCACAACAACCCUCCAGAGUCUUUCUUUGAGUGUUGGUGGCUGAGGCACUGAGCACUGUCAGACUGAACUGGAGCUGGAGCGCAAUAAUUUGUCUGAUAUUUUAAUGCACUAAAAGAUAUUCCUAUCUGAGAAACAUCACUCAAUAAACAAUAACACCCCAAACAGAAUUUGUGGCAUACACUCCUUUUCCGCAGGCAGCAUUUGCAAAGAUAUGCUGAAGACACGUAGGAAGCAGUGUGUGCUCACUGCUCGCAGUUGGAAACACGUGAAAUCCAUUAAUAGUGAUGCACCUUGAAUGCAAAAUUUGACCAGGAAGGAGCUCAUUUGAAAUGCUUAGUUGGUAAAACCACAGAUCUCCCUGGUUCUUUUCCUCUCUCUGAAAAAGCAAAUAGGAGGGGGGAAAGGUAAAAUAAUGUUAAACACAUUUUGUGUAUCAGCCUUCUCCUUCCUUCUUGAUACCCAACCUGGUAAGAAGCCUAAGGUAAAGUUCUUAGGUUUAUCUGUCUCAAAGCAGACCCAUUGAUUCCCUUGGUCCUUCACAGUGACUCUUUGUAUGGCCACCCAGUGGGCAGAACUGGACAAGGGGUCUUUGGAGAAAAGCGGAGUCCUAUCAUGUAGGACUGAGCUCCCAAGCGUGACAGUCACUUGCUUCAGCUUUCCAUUUCUUAAGGGGCCCCAAGCAGAAACACUAUAUUGAGCAGUUUAUUAAAAGAAAUUUUAUACUCUC